GUCUCCCUACCUCCAUCUAUGCCUUCUAACAAGAGGAACUUUAUAAGGGUCUGGGGACUCCGUUGGCCCCGCGGACUUGCUAGCGAGAUGAGCGGGAUCUAGGGUAGGACUUCCAGAGCGGAUUGUUGGUGCUGGGAGUGCGCUUGGGAGCGCUCUGAGUCCUGGAGCCCCCCUGAGCCUGAAAGACUCGAAUCCUGGGCAGGAGGGAAUGAAGACCGGAGACAGGUGGUGACUUGAAGAGUUUAGGGGGCCUGGGAGCUUCGGGGCAAUAUCCCGAAAUGCCCCACCUGUGCAUUCUCUGCAGCUGCGGUAUUUCUGACCUCGGGAAAAAGCCUGCUUCUUUCCUCUUUUACCCUUCCUCUAGUUCCCGCAGGCUCCGGGGACUCUGACACAGUGGAGGAUCCGGGCUCGGGGCAGAAGGGGCAGGGGGCAUGGGUUGGCGCUCUCUGGGGGGAGCCUCAGUGACAGCAGGGAGCGGCAAUGGAGAAGUCCGGAGCCGGGUGCUCGGCCCCAGGGAGGGCACCCACGGCGCCCGGGCCGCCAGGAGGGCUCACAUGGCCACAGAGCCGGGCCCACGUGCUGCAUUUGUUUUCAUUCAGCAGAAGCCGUGGCCGCCACCCCAUUGGUCGCUGCCUCCCGGCCCCGUUACAUAAUGAGCUCCGCCCCCGGUUGCCCUGGCAACGCGUGUUCCCCGGCUCUCCUCCCCUAGGUUGUCUCGGCCCAGCUAGCUCUGCCGGCCCAGCCUCGGACCCGGCGGCCGGGGAGGGGCGGGACGACGGCGGGGCCGCCGCUCCCCGCGGACGGGAAGCGGAGAGGGCGGGGCCUAGAGUUCCGGGGUUCCUCGUUGGGGAGCCACGUGCGAGAGGCACACGUGGAGCUGGGACGUGAGGCCGGCUGAGGGCCGGGCUCCCGCCCCGCCCUGCAGAGAUCUGGGUGAAGCGGGGCUGACUCACCGCCCCCGCCUGCCUCCUUUUCCUGUCUGCUUGCUGGCCCCUCCUCCCUCCCCCGAAGAGGGGAAGGUGUCUAGGGCAGAGAGGCAUCCGUGGGAGGUGCCCACAGGGGUCACACCUCACACCCAGAGCAGAAGCUGAAUGCGUUCUGCAAAGCACGGUGGAUGUUGGCAUCCCAGGGCAUGUCCAGUGGCGUCAUCACCUACAUCGGUUCCAGUGGCUCCUCCCCGAGCCGCACCAGCCCGGAGUCCCUCUACAGUGACAGCUCCAAUGGCAGCUUCCAGUCCCUGACCCAAGGCUGCCCUGCGUACUUCCCACCAUCACCCACUGGCUCCCUCACUCAGGACCCAGCUCGCUCCUUUGGGAGCCUUCCACCCAGUCUGAGUGAUGACUGCUCCCCUUCUUCUUCAUCUUCCUCCUCCUCCUCCUCCUCCUCUUCUUUCUAUAAUGGGAGCCCCCCAGGGAGUCUACAGGUGGCCAUGGAGGACAGCAGCCGAGUGUCCCCCAGCAAAAGCACCAGCAACAUCACCAAGCUCAACGGCAUGGUGCUGCUGUGUAAAGUGUGUGGGGACGUCGCCUCAGGCUUCCACUAUGGCGUGCAUGCCUGUGAGGGCUGCAAGGGCUUUUUCCGUCGGAGCAUCCAGCAGAACAUCCAGUACAAACGGUGCCUGAAGAACGAGAACUGCUCCAUCGUCCGCAUCAACCGCAACCGCUGCCAGCAGUGCCGCUUCAAGAAGUGUCUCUCCGUGGGCAUGUCUCGAGACGCCGUGCGUUUUGGCCGCAUCCCCAAACGAGAGAAGCAGCGGAUGCUUGCGGAGAUGCAGAGUGCCAUGAAUCUGGCUAACAAUCAGCUGAGCAGCCAGUGCCCGCUGGAGAACUCCUCCACCCAGCACCCCACCCCAGGCCCCAUGGGCCCCUCGCCACCACCACCUGCUCCAGCGCCCUCAGCCCUGGUGGGCUUCUCCCAGUUUCCACAACAGCUGACGCCACCCAGAUCCCCAAGUCCUGAGCCUACCGUGGAGGAUGUGAUAUCCCAGGUGGCCCGGGCCCAUCGAGAGAUCUUCACCUAUGCCCAUGACAAGCUGGGCACGUCACCUGGCAACUUCAAUGCCAACCACACAUCGGGUAGUCCUCCAGCCACCACCCCACAUCGCUGGGAGAAUCAGGGCUGCCCACCUGCCCCCAAUGACAACAACACCUUGGCCGCCCAGCGUCAUAACGAGGCCCUGAAUGGUCUACGCCAGGCCCCCUCCUCCUACCCUCCCACCUGGCCCCCUGGCCCUGCCCACCACAGCUGCCACCAGCCCAAUAGCAACGGGCACCGCCUAUGCCCCACCCACAUGUAUGCAGCCCCGGAAGGCGAGGCACCUGCCAACAGUCCACGGCAAGGCAACUCCAAGAAUGUUCUGCUGGCGUGUCCCAUGAACAUGUACCCCCACGGACGCAGUGGCCGAACCGUGCAGGAGAUCUGGGAAGAUUUCUCCAUGAGCUUCACGCCCGCUGUGCGGGAGGUGGUGGAGUUUGCCAAGCACAUCCCUGGCUUCCGUGACCUUUCACAGCAUGACCAGGUCACUCUGCUUAAGGCUGGCACUUUUGAGGUGCUGAUGGUGCGGUUUGCGUCCUUGUUCAACGUGAAGGACCAGACAGUGAUGUUCCUGAGCCGCACCACCUACAGCCUGCAGGAGCUGGGCGCCAUGGGCAUGGGAGACCUGCUCAAUGCCAUGUUCGAUUUCAGUGAGAAGCUCAACUCCCUGGCGCUUACCGAGGAGGAGCUGGGCCUCUUCACCGCGGUGGUGCUGGUCUCUGCAGACCGCUCGGGCAUGGAGAAUUCCGCUUCGGUGGAGCAGCUCCAGGAGACGCUGCUGCGGGCUCUUCGGGCUCUGGUGCUGAAGAACCGGCCCUCGGAGACUUCCCGCUUCACCAAGCUGCUGCUCAAGCUGCCGGACCUGCGGACCCUGAACAACAUGCAUUCCGAGAAGCUGCUGUCCUUCCGGGUGGACGCCCAGUGACCCGCCCGGCCGGCCUUCUGCCGCUGCCCCCUUGUACAGAAUCGAACUCUGCACUUCUCUCUCCUUUACGAGACGAAAAGGAAAAGCAAACCAGAAUCUUAUUUAUAUUGUUAUAAAAUAUUCCAAGAUGA